GAAUUGCGUUUUUUUAAAACGAAAAUCUUACUGUGUAAUUCGCUUCUACUCAGCAUUAUAAAGCGUUUUUUUUACUAUAUUACUCUAGAAUGUCAUUUAAUAGUUGUUUUAUUUUAUGUUUGGCAUUAACAUUAUAUGGCAGAGUUUUGUUUGCUCAAAAUUCUAAUUCUAAUUUUGAUAAAGAAGAAAUCCCAAAUUUAGAAAAACCAACGCUUUCCAAUGAACAAUCGGAAAGCAGUGAAACAGUAAAAAAUCAAGAAGCUGAUCAGGAUGGAUAUAAAAAAGGAUCUAUUUGUGUUUAUUGUAAAUAUUGUAAGUUAUGCAAGCUAUGCGAUACGAAUUGUCCUUCAUGCAAAGAUGAUAGUAAUAACUGCAAUAUGUGUAAAUAUUGCAAGUAUUGUAGACUUUGUGGGGCUGUAUGUGAUACAGUAUGUACACCAGGAAGCUUUAUUGAUACAAUAACCUCAGCUGUUUACGAUGCUUUACCAUCCUUCAAUGAAAAAACUAGAAAAGAAAUGGAUGAAGAUUUAAACAAAGCUAAAGAUUUUAUCAAAGAAUAUCUUUAAUUUGAUCAUCAAUUUCAUUGUUGUGAAAUUGAUCUUUAUUUUGAUUUAUAGAAUGAAUUUUUUGUAUUGAA